CUUGAAACAACUUCAUAUUUUCGACAACGAAAUUUCAGUCAUAGAACCAGGUGCAUUUUCUGAUUUACUAUCAUUACACACACUAUUAUUAUUUUCAAAUAAAUUGACAAAUGUAACAAUAGGCACGUUUAAUAAUUUGUCAUCUCUUCAUAACAUCCACCUUUCACAAAAUGAAAUAAACACGAUAGAACCCGGCUCAUUUUCUAAUUUAGACCAGUGUACUGACUUAUAUUUGUCUUCAAAUAAAAUCACAAAACUUUAUUCCGGUAUGUUUAAUGAUAUUCCCUCGUUACAAACGCUAAGCCUCAGUUUCAAUGAAAUAACAGAUGUUGAAUCUGGCGCAUUUGCAGGCCUUUACAGUCUCAAAUACCUCUAUCUAAAUGAUAAUAACCUACGUAAAAUACCAACUGAUAUAUGCGAGCAUCUACCAAAAUUAGAAUAUUUAGAAAUUGAAAACAACGCCAUGGUGUCUAACUCUGCCUUUUUACUAUACAUCAAUAUUAAGGAAAUACAACAACUAUGUUUGAUCACCCCUUCCAAAUCAAAACGUUUGGUGCCAGCAGUACAACAUGCAAAUGUAACAACUGCGACGCCAGCCGUCAAGACGACAAAGCAACCAUUGAGUUUAUUAAUGAUUUAUAUAUUAACUGGAUGUUCGAUUUUCAUACUGUGUACUAUCAGUGCCUCGGUGAUAUUCUACAAAAGGAAAACCAAGAAUUCUAAUUUUUGUUUAACAAUUGACGAGGAAAAAUAAUGGGCGUGGAGCAUUGACUUUAAGACAUACACUUAGGAAUUAUAUAGGCACACACCUUAUUCAAUAGCUGCAUUGAUCAGGCUCGUCAGCAAAUAUAGGACUUUACUUACGGGGGGGGGGGGAUUAACCCAAGAGUUCAAAGAUGACAUACGCU